AUGGCCUCCGGGGCGGGCCCGCCGCGCCACGCGCGGCCAGCGGCCGCGCUCGCCGCGGCCGCGCGCCCGCCGGCGCCGCGCGGCGGCCCGCGGGCGCUGCACGCGGCCUCAGGCCUGCCGGCGGCGCGAGGGGUGCUACGGGCCGCCGCUCUGGCGCCCGCCCGGCCCUCGCGCACUGCGCGCACGGACGGCGCGGCCGACAGGCCUGCAGGCACCAGUGACAGGCCGCAGGAGGAGUUCUCCGUCACGCAGUUCGUGUCGGUGUUCAGCGGGCUCGUCGGUUCCUUGCUGUCCUCCAGCGCCUAUUCCAAGCAGCGCGAGGCCAGCAAGACUGGGAAGUCCGAGAAGGCGGACAGGAUUCCGAUCGUGAGGGGCACCCGCAUCGUGCAGCAGCUAGGUGGUUCCCUGCUCGACACGGAGGUGAAGUCGCCGAUCUUCUCGCUGGGGCCCGUGCCCAGAUGCACGGAGGCGUCGGACCUGAGGAGUCGGAUGAGGCAUUUCACGAUCAUCACCACCGCGGCGUUGCCCUGGCUCACGGGCACGUCGGUGAAUCCGCUGCUGCGGGCCUUGUAUUUGGCCAAGUCGGGGCGAGAGACUGUGCUGGUCAUUCCGUGGCUAGAGAUAGAGGACCAGCGGAAGGUCUUUCCUGGUGGGAAGACCUUCGAUGAGCCGAAAGCGCAGGAGGAAGCCAUUAUAGAGUGGUGCCGCAAUAGGGCAAAGAUAGACCCCGGAAAGCUCCCGCUGAAGUUUUCAUGGUACCGAGCUGCAUACGUGCCAACUGUGAGGAGCGUCUUUCCCAAAGGCGACCCUUCUGAAGAGCUGGGUGCUGAUGACCCUCGGGAUGUACUUAUACUGGAGGAGCCUGAGCACCUCUGUUGGUACCACCUGGGCAGGCGCUGGACAGAGGUUUUUCCUCACGUUAUCGGCAUCGUACACACCAACUAUCAAGACUAUUUGGUUCAACAAGGUGCUGGCGACAGGCCCGUCACGGACGUUGUGCCGGAUAGCGUCAAAGAGACGGCCGUGUUCGCGGCGUCCACUUUGGUUUGUAGUGCGCAUUGCGAUGUGAAUAUUAAGCUCUCCGACACAAUCAUGCCGCUGCCAAACGAGGUGACGUGCAAUGUUCAUGGUGUUCGGCAGGAGUUCCUGACCAUCGGUGACGCGUGCAGCAGGAGCAAUCCCCUGCAGGAGCUCGCCAGCAAGAUGGUCGGCGGCUCUGGCGGCCCGAGUGUCCAGCCCGAGUCCGCGCCCGCAUAUUAUUUGGGCAAGGCCCUGUACGAGAAAGGCUGGGGCGAGCUGCUGACCCUCGUAGAGCUGGCGGGGUCCAGACUCCAAGGCCUUAGGAUCGACGGCUUCGGCUCCGGCAUCAACUACGAAGAUAUUAUCGAGCGCGCAGGGAAAUUUAAAGAGGACUGGGCCCAGCUCUCCAUGCAUCCGGGCCUCGACCACGCCGACGAGGUUAUACAUGGCUAUGGAGUGUUGGUGAAUCCGUCCACCUCGGACGUGCUGUGCACGGUGACGGUGGAGGCGCUCGCCAUGGGGAAGCGCGCAGUGUUGGCCCAGCAUCCGUCCAACCGGUUCUUCCAGGAGUACUUCCCAGACCGCACCCACUUCUUCAACGCCGGCGAGGUGGGCUCCUUCGUCGAGGCCGUGAAGGCGGCAGUGGCCGCAGGUCCCCCGCAGGCGCUGCCAGAGGAGUCCAGGCACGUGCUGACAUGGGAGGCCGCCAACGAGCGCCUCUUCACGUCGGCCGAGGUGCGCGUGUUGUCGGGCCCGUACCAGCGACCUUCAGAGGCUGCAUCGGCGCGGUUGGCGUACAGAAUGCACAACGACUUGAUGCAGGACAGGACGAUGUCGGAGCUGAUCAAGGAGGC